UUCAAGUCGAUCUCUUCAAGGCAUGACCGAGGGGACUAUUACCCAGUGUUUACUUCUGCCUUGGUAGCCUCGCCGUUAUGCGGGAAGUUUGAAAACAACAGUUAUGAUGAUCAGUCGUUCUGUUACAUGAAUUGACUUUAUUCGAUGUUUGCGUUCCUCAUAUCCGACGAAAAUGUCAGGAAAAGAUAGGCUACUGCAGCAGUUACCCUCAAAUGCAAUUUCUGCAAAGGAAUUAGCCAGAAGUUUAGGUUUGGUCAAGAAAGGACCUUUAUCCGCAAAUCGACAGAAAUGUUCCAUGAAGGACCUGAAACAACGUCAAUAUUUUUCAUACCUAAUUGUUCUUGACUUCGAGUCAACGUGCUGGAAAGACAAAAAAAUGAAUUAUGCCCCAGAAAUAAUUGAAUUCCCUGCAGUGCUGCUAAAUACAAGCAGUGGAGAAAUUGAGUCUGAAUUUCAUAGGUACGUACAGCCUCAGGAGCACACAAAACUGAGUGAGUUCUGCAAAGAGCUGACAGGAAUAACUCAGACUCAAGUGGAUGGUGGUGUUCCAGUUGGCACCUGUCUGAUGUUGUUUGGAAACUGGCUACAAGAGAUGAAGGACAAAAAAGGAUUUAAGUUCCCUUGUGAAGAUGGACAAAAACAAGAUCAAGAAAAUGAUAGAGAUGGUUGGAUUAAGUGGUGCACAUUUGUUACAUGGUCAGAUUGGGAUUUGGGAACUUGUCUCAAGAAUGAAUGCAAAAGGAAGCAGCUUAGAAUGCCUCAUUCACUGAGAAGCUGGAUUGACCUGCGAGCAACAUAUAGAAAUUUUUACUGUCGUAAGCCUCAGGGAUUGGCAGGUGCUCUUCAAGAUCUGGGACUCAAAUUUUCUGGUAGAGAACAUUCAGGCUUGGAUGAUGCCCGUAAUACAGCUCGGGUUGCUUGGAGAAUGAUCUCUGAUGGACGUAUUAUGCAGAUAACAAAGAGCCUGGACGGGGUGUUGGAAAAACUUUGCGAGACCGUAACUCAGGCUGGUCUCUUGAAAACUGAUUUAGUGGUCAAAGAUGACAUGAAACCCACAACCAAAACUUGUCUCAAGCUUUGCCAUGAUGGCAAAGAGAAUUCUUCCACAGCGGCAAGUACUCGCAAGCCGCAAGUUCAACAAUGUACACUUUCAGAGAGUAAGAUAUACAAAAGUUUACACGUUUCCUCAGAGCAGGCGGAGAGUCAAAGUGGAGAAGAAAGUACUGGGCUCUGUACGCAACGUGAUAUUAAUGCGAACAAAGAAGUUACGGUUGAUUAUUCACUUAGAAAGGUGACGAUCGCAGGGAAAGAUCACACUGCGGAAAUUGAAGAAAACGAAGCUAAAAAUGGAAGGAAUGCAAGCCUUGGGUCUCCUCUUACUUGUCUCAAAAGGAGAGCGCCACAAGACAUUGUGGGAUUAGCUUAUGUACAUGCUCGCCCGAUAACCAGUGAGAGCUCCGAAAACACUUUUAAGAGACUUAUUACUCCUUUAACAAGCUUGUCAAGUUUAACCAAAAGAGCGAGAGGCAGUUUUGGAGAAUUUAAUAGUGAGACACCAAAAUCGUCAACGCCGGGGCUUCUGUUAAAGAGAGGACUGGUGAAACAAACUCUUAGUGUCAAGCAUGACACAGCACUGGAACUUAAGAAUCAACGAACAUCUCAUGGAGCUAAACAAAGUGAUAGCUCUAAAACGUGUAAACCAGUAAAUAUUGCAAUGAACGCUGUAACUACACCGUCGCUCAAGGUCUCUGCAAAUCAAGCUUUUCUCCAAGAAAAGAACUUAAAGAAACAAAACUUGAACAACAAGAACUGUCCCUUCACACGUCCAUUUUAUACACCGUAUAGCAAUCGCAAGGAAAAUUAUUACCACUUCACCCCUUCCUCGGUUAAGACCAAGCUGAAUUCCUCUGUCACCCCACCCAUAGCUUGUUUCAAUGGAGGUGGUGUUACUCCACCGUUGUGUCAGUGCGGUCGCCGCACUCGUCGAAGAUCUGUCGUUAAUCCGGGACCUAAUCAAGGCAGAGCUUUCUUUGCGUGUUCGUCAAGUCGUGGUCAAUUAGGUCUGGGAACAAAUUCUACUGACAAAAAGGCUAAAAGGGGGUGUAGCUUUUUUCGUUGGGAGGUGAAUAUGUAGCUUCUAGCAGUCGAAGAGGAGCGUAGAACAUGUCGAAAAACUAAGACAUUUGAAAUAAAUUGAAAGCUGUGCUUC